CACUUCCACGCAAACUAAUCAAUUUGGAAUGUAAAACGCUGAACGGUUUGCAUAUGACUUAAUAUUUUCUUGUUUCAGCUGGUUCGUACGUAGGAUCAAGAUAUAUAUUUUUGUCAACACUUUCUCAUAUAAUUUCAACCUAUAGUGUCUUAGUUAUGGCUAACAUGGAUCAAAAGCGACCAACCAUCGCCGGCGAUGAAGAAAUUGCGGCGGAGAAACCGUUAAGACCAACAUUCCAGAAACCACCAGGGUUCGGUGAUCAACAGAAUCCACAACCUGGAACAACAACGCUUCCACGUCGCCGUCCCAGACCUAUCCAUCCGGCGUCACUCUACCCUGAUGAGAAGAAACGACGCUGUAGUUUCUUUCGCUUUUUCUGCUGCUGCGUUUGUAUCUUUGUCGCCGUCAUUCUCCUCCUCAUCCUCAUAGCCGUCGCUGUUUUCUUCCUCUGGUACAGCCCUAAACUCCCCGUGGUCCGCCUCGCCUCUUUCAAAAUCAGCAACUUCAACUUUUCCAGCGCAACAUCCGACGACGGGUGGUCGUUUUUGACGGCGGAUACAACGGCAGUGCUCGAUUUCAGAAACCCUAACGGAAAGCUAAGGUUUUACUACGGAGAUGCUGACGUGGCUGUGAUUCUCGGAGAGAAAGACUUUGAGACCAACCUAGGGUCAACGGAAGUCAAAGGCUUUGUUGAGAAGCCAGGGAAUCGGACGGCUGUGAUUGUCCCGACGAGGGUGAGGAAACGACAGGUGGAUGAUCCGACGGCAAAAAGACUACGGACAGAGCUGAAGAGUAAGAAGCUGUUGGUGAAGGUGACAGCUAAGACUAAGGUUGGAUUGGCUGUGGGUAGUCGCAAGAUUGUUACUGUGGGAGUUAGCCUCAGAUGUGGAGGCGUUAGGUUACAGACGCUUGACUCGCAAAUGGCCAAGUGCACAAUCAAAAUGCUUAAAUGGAUCAUAUUGCGUUCAUGAUGCAACGGUGUCUUUUUGGCUAGCUGUGCCUCUCAUCAAGUCUCAAAUCAAAACCAUAGAGUUAUACGAGGAAUUUGUAUGACCUUUUACGUUUAACUUGUCAAAUACUGAUGCGACCAUUUUUCUUAUUGUAACACAUUAAUAUACAUACACUCCUGCAUAUGAUCAUUGUUAAUUAGCGAGUUGUGUUAUUUAUUUGGCAUCUAAAGUUCCAAAAUUGUUUUUUUUUCGUAAAAAAAAAGUUAUAAAAUUUUCUUCAAUGUACAAAUUAAGUUUCAAUUAUCAAAUUGUUGAGCCAUAAUUCUACGUAUGACAUUGUGAAAA